AUGGAUUGUGUCGUUAGAGCUACAGGAGACGAGUUUAUUCGAACCCUUGGCGUAGUUCUAACAAAGAUUGUGUCAGAUGUGAUUCCGGAGUACGGGUCCAUCAGCUGCUUUAACUCAAUGAACGCUCCGCCGAUCUCGGAAUAUUUGACGAGAAUUGCACGCUAUGUCAACUGCAGCAACGAGUGUUUCGUACUGGCACUGGUAUACAUAGACAGGAUCAUGCGUCUGCACAGGUUUUCAGUGUCAGUGCUAAACAUCCACAGAUUGCUAAUCACAUCAGUAAUGCUGGCAGCCAAGUUCAGCGACGACGUUUACUACUCAAACAGCUUCUACGCACAAGUCGGUGGAAUCAAGGUUGCCGAAAUGAAUCAGCUGGAAGCACAGUUCCUGAUACUGAUCAACUAUCACCUCUUCGUGGACGCGCGCGAUUACGAAAAUUGCAGGAAAGGAGUCGAGUCAUCAUCCACGAAAAUAUACACACUAGCAGGAACUUCCUCGAACAACUACGCAAAGGUUAACCAGUGCAAGAAUCCCUUUCCACACAAGGGAAUGGUGCACACUGGAGCAAUGCCGGCUAGCAACUACGGUUUUAACAACAAGUACCAGGUUAAGACCCUGACCAAUAACCUGAUUAAAGGGAAGGACACUAAGAGGAGUUACAAGCCAGCCAAGUGCCAGGUGAAGACAGCAGCCACGAGCUACGUCACACCUGGUGUAAAUGCGAACAUUGGAAUUCACAGCAUUAACGGAUCUGGCAUUGAAGCACUUGAUGGCAUGAAUAGAAACGUCGAUAGCAUUAUUGCGAACGUACGAAACGUCCCGAACAUCAAGACGAGUACCGGAAACAGCUUCAUGUAUAACGGUUUUGUGCCGAGGAAGGGAUUCGAAUACUCAGAAAACAGCUACGUCGACACAUCGUACAUGGAGGGGUACAUGCUGUACCAGUACGGAUUGGAAUACCCGUACGCUAGAACGGAGUCGAGCAUAACAGUGUCGACGUCAGCAUCGUUUGACCAAGGAGACCAACCGACACACAUCUCAGAACCGAAGUACGGGAAGUGCAGCAACGCAGCACCAGGAAGGCUGGACAACAAGCUGGACGAGUGCGAAGCCUUCGUGAACGCACUCGAGAACAGGUACAAGGACACACUAAAAAGAAAAUGCUCUUCACUACAACAAUUCGCUCUAGUCAAAAAUCAUUGGUAA